GUUCGGAGCAAGUCGUGGAGGUCCUCUUCCUCCAAAGAAAUUUGGUAAUCCGGGAGAACGUUUACGUAAGAAAAAAUGGGAUUUAAAUGAACUACCCAAGUUUGAGAAGAAUUUUUACGUGGAACAUCCAGAAGUGGCCAGGCUUACUCCGUAUGAAGUAGAAGAAUUGAGAAGAAAGAAGGAGAUAACGAUUCGAGGAAUGGAGGGCUGUCCCAAGCCUGUGUUUGCCUUCCACCAGUGUAGCUUUCCACAGUAUGUGAUGGAUGCCUUGAUGGACCAGAACUUCACAGAACCCACUCCAAUUCAGUGCCAAGGCUUUCCACUAGCCCUCAGUGGUCGUGAUAUGGUGGGCAUUGCGCAGACUGGCUCUGGGAAGACACUAGCAUACUUGUUGCCUGCAAUUGUUCACAUCAACCACCAGCCAUAUUUGGAGAGAGGGGACGGCCCAAUUUGUCUGGUUCUAGCACCUACUAGAGAGCUGGCCCAGCAAGUGCAGCAGGUCGCUGAUGAUUAUGGCAAGUGCUCAAGACUCAAGAGUACCUGCAUAUAUGGAGGAGCACCCAAAGGUCCCCAAAUCAGAGAUCUAGAAAGAGGUGUGGAGAUCUGCAUUGCUACACCAGGUCGCUUGAUUGACUUCCUUGAGGCGGGAAAGACCAACCUUCGUCGGUGUACGUACCUGGUGCUGGAUGAAGCAGACAGGAUGUUGGACAUGGGAUUUGAACCCCAAAUUCGUAAAAUUGUUGACCAGAUAAGGCCCGACAGACAGACUCUGAUGUGGAGUGCCACCUGGCCAAAAGAAGUGCGCCAGCUUGCUGAGGACUUCCUGCAGGACUAUGUUCAGAUCAACGUGGGAAACUUGGAGCUGAGUGCCAACCACAAUAUCCUGCAGAUAGUGGAUGUAUGCAUGGAAAGCGAGAAAGACCAUAAGCUGAUACAACUGAUGGAAGAAAUCAUGGCAGAGAAGGAAAACAAGACUAUCAUCUUUGUGGAGACAAAGAGACGAUGUGAUGAUCUCACUCGAAGGAUGCGCAGAGAUGGUUGGCCCGCUAUGUGUAUCCAUGGAGACAAGAGUCAGCCAGAAAGAGAUUGGGUGCUUAAUGAGUUUCGUUCUGGAAAGGCUCCUAUCCUCAUUGCUACCGACGUUGCAUCUCGUGGGCUAGACGUGGAAGAUGUUAAAUUUGUGAUAAACUACGACUAUCCGAACAGCUCUGAAGAUUAUGUGCAUCGUAUUGGCCGUACCGCACGUAGUACCAACAAAGGUACUGCCUACACCUUCUUCACGCCAGGAAACCUGAAACAAGCCAGGGAGCUUAUCAAAGUGUUGGAAGAAGCCAAUCAAGCCAUCAACCCAAAGCUGAUGCAGCUUGUGGACCACAGAGGAGGAGGAGGUGGUGGUGGAGGAGGUCGUUCUCGUUACCGAACGAGCAGUUCAGUAAACAACCCUAACCUGAUGUACCAGGAGGAGUGUGACAGGAGGCUCCGGGGAGUGAAAGAGGGCCGGAGAGACUCAGGUGGCUUCAGAGACCGUGAGCGUGGUGACAGUUAUGCCAACGGAGCCAACAAGACCUAUGGCAGUGCCUACGGAAGCCCAAAUUCUGCUUUUGGGGCAGCACAGAGCCAGUAUGGUUACACUCAAGGGAGCUAUGGAGCA